GACGCCUGAGGCACAGGCUCCCCGUGACCCGAGAAGUUCGGAUAAACGAUAGAAAAUGAAUGAAUGAAUUUUCACUGCUUUUAACACUAGAAGUCCCAGAGAUUUGUAACCCUCCUUUAGCCAAGUGGAAGCUAACUGGCUAGUCUUUUGGCUAUCAUUAGCAUCAAUUCAUGUGUAAAUAUGGUCAUUACCUGAGCAAUCUGCAGGGGGUUGGGGGUGUGUGUGUGAAUGUUUGCUGGUGGCUUGUUUGUAUGUGUGGGGGAGGGAGGGCUGCUAAUUCCUUUUGUGUUGAGGUGGAUAAAAUCACGUCCUACAACCCUGGUCUACAUAUCACCGUUGAUGAACAGCUUUUCCCGUCAAAGACUCGCUGCUGUUUCCUGCAGUAUAUUGCAACUAAACCUGACAAGUUUGGGAUCAAGUUUUGGGUGGCUUGUGACCUAAAAUCCAAGUACAUUUGUAAUGUCCUCCCAUAUCUUGGCAAGGACCCUAGUCGUCCCAGUGGAGAGAGACUGUCUGAAAAUGUAGUUAUGAGGCUGAUGGAACCAUUCCUAGACAAGGGCAGAAAUGUUACCAUGGACAAUUUCUUCACAUCGCUGUCACUUGCGCAUAAACUUCUUAGCCAGAAAACCACCAUCCUCUGCACAGUCAACAAGAUUCGCUGGGAAAUCCCUCAAUCCGCUAGACACACAGAUUGCAAUGAAUUCACCACUCAGGUGUUUUCAACCACUGCUGCUACGCUGACGGCGUAUGCGCCCAAACGGAAGAAGACCGUCUACAUUCUUAGCAGCAUGCACAGCGUGAUUCAGACUGAUAAUACCACCAAAAGGAAGCCAAACACUGUCACCCUUUACAACACCACAAAGUGCGGCGUGGAUGUGAUGGACCAGAUGGUGCGGGAGUACACUGUCCGCACAGGGACACGGCGCUGGCCAGUUGCCGUGUUCUAUAACAUGAUUGACAUGGCAGCACUGAAUGCACAUGUGCUGUAUCAAGCAUGCACCGGAAGGCAGGAAAGACGGGUGGACUUCCUGGUGGAGCUUGCAAGAGAGUUGGCUAACUCUCGUAUGUGUGCGAAGAAGGCAAGAAAAGAACAAUUGCUUCGGACACAACCCUCCACACCUAGCCCUGGAAAAAGAGCGUCAGGUCAAACACCAAUGCAAGAACAAUCAUGCCACUGUGCGAUGUGUUCACUGCUACAGAUACACAUGUGGUAAAUGCAGACGGGAGAUACCAUGGCAGUGCCAGGAUUGUGAGUGAUUGCUGGAAUGUACUCACUCACUUUUUAAUAUUAUUUGGAAAUAUGUGUACAAAUGGUUGGUUUCUUUAUUUUAUUUUGUACUAUUUUUAUCAAUAAAUCUCAGCAACAAAGGAAAAAAAACCAUAUGUGUUGAUUUCUCCAUAAGAUGGCAAAGUGAAACACAAGUUUCCUUGAAGUGGCUCAGCAUGGCCCCACAUUGUUUACAUAACAAAAGCAACUGGUCACAGCUGAUUAAGGAUAUUAGCCUAAAGCCUUCCAGCCCAUCGGCUGUCCUGCGGGUUUUAUAAGUAGAAAAGCCAAAUGGCUGCUCCCUGGGACUUCUAGUGUUAACUGCAAGUAGCUAAGCUUCAUGCACAGCAAUAUAUAGCAAAUACACACACAUACCACACACAUCUUUUAUAUUAUACAUUUAUAUUUUAAACAUUUAUUUUUCUAUUCCUAGAUAAAUAAAUUAUGUUCCCUGGA